UUAAAAAAGUGAGGUUAUUGGUGCUUAGUGACAGUUCUAACAUGCUAGCAUGUCUGUUGGUCUACUUGCUUUGGUUUGUUUAGGUAGCCAAGUUGAGACUUCAGUGGUAUAGCUUCCCUGAUGUAUCUAGGAGACAUAAUCUCACAUAAGCUAUCUGUUUCUCUGGCUCUUAGGGUAUUUCUGCCUCCUCUACAACCAUAUCCUCGGAGCCUUGAGUGUAAUUGUAUUGUCGAUGGAUCAACUGAGGCUUGGCACCACAUAAUUAUGUGUUUUUCUGAACUUUGAUCAGUGGUGUGUUUUUGUAAUGAUUUGAACUUCUUUUGCAAAGAAGUUUUUUUUUUCUGAGAGGUUUUGUGUGUGUGUGUGUGUGUGUGUGUGUGUGUGUGUGUGUGUGUGUAUAAUUAUAUGUCUGCGCUUAUAUAUACAAAUUCCAUAACAAAAAUUUAAUUGUAAUUAUACAAUGUAUAUUCUCUCAGAAUAAAUAUUGUUUAGAAUGUUGGAAAAAUAAAAGUGUGAUUGCUAGCCUGUAAGGUUAUAUUUUCUACAAUUAAGCAGAUGUAAACCAUUUUCCAACAUUUGUAAUGACAUUCACAGACAUUGUCAGUGCAUGAGAUCUCUCAUUCAUUCACAAGCAUGCCCCAAUUUUGUAUUUUCAGCCUUUUUUCUUUCACUUUUUAUUGAUUUUAUUUUGAUUUUUCACUAUGAUUAAUUAGUUUACAAAAUAUGAAGUUUCCUUAAGACUAUUUCAUACUUACUCUUUUGAUUGGCCCAGCCCCUCCUCUUUCCCCUUUUCUAUAUCCUCCUCCCAUCUCACACUGUCCAAUUUCCAUUAUUCCUUCUUUUCCUUUCAAAACACAUGUAUUGUUUUACUCUCCCUACCAUUUCCCCAGACCUUCUAAUUCACCUUCCUAGUUUCCUGGACUCCACACAUGAUCACUUUCACAUAAAUACACACUUCUAAAAGAAGGUAUAAAAAUCGCAUUUGGAACAGUUCUAUUAGACUUUUUGAACUUUCAAUGCACCACUUCAUAGAAUAGUUUCUACUCUCUUCUGCAGCCAUUCCCUAGGGUAUUCUACAGCGUCAGAGUAUUGGGAAGGGGAGACUGUAAGUAUCUGGUAGUUCCUAAGGUCCCAUCUCGUCUCCCCACUCUGUUUAAACUUAUUUAGUUCCUAGGGUUAACUGCCAAUAUUGCUCCUGUUCUUGAUUGUCCACCUAGCUGUCCUGCAUGUCCGAUGAAUGUGCAGAGCAACAAAGUCCUCCCGGGGAUUCACAGUACAGCCUGUUGCUGAUUCACAGCUACUGCUCUCUGCAUCUGCAAGGGUAUAUUACACAAUUUAAGACUGCUUUGGAAACAUGGUGUCCUGAGAGUUUCCUCUCAUUGCACUGCACUGAUGAGUUAUUUGACCCACGGCCUUCAUUCUUAACAUUUCCACUGUAGACUUGAGUGUUUCGUGAUCAUCCUAGACACAAUUUCAAUAGGGACACUGAACACUUUCCAAGUAACUAUCAUUCAUUAGAUAUUGUUCUUCUUCAUAUGUCUCCUGGCAUAUUUUGUGUAUUUUUAUUGUGUUUUUUUUCUUCUGUGAGAGUUCAUCAUACUUGUUAUCUCCACAUCUUUUGUAGUCCUGACUGUGCACACAUGCAUGGGUGUCUAUUUGUUGUGGAGUUUCAUAAGAGCUAGCUCAUAAUUUGAUGCAGGUUGCCACAUGAACAUUCAGAAACAUUUUGUGUUUUUAAUAAAUUUUUCUUAUCUAAGUCAACUUCAGGAUAGUAAACAUGAUCAAAAUCCAAAUUCAGAGUCUUUAUUAAGAAAAAUUCCUGACUGUCUAAAGAGAAACACUUCUCAUAGAUCAUCCUUUGUCAUAUGUGUAGUUAGUAAAAUUAUUUUCCCAUUCUGUAGCCUGUCACUAUAUACAAAUGACAGUGUCUUUUUCCAUGCAGAAGCUUCCCAGUUUCAUGGAAUCCCAUUUAUUAAUUGUUGAUCUUUAGUGCCUUUGUUAACACUGCUUUUUUUUUUCCCAGAAGGUUUUUUCCUGUGCCAAUUAGUUCAAGGCUACACCCACUUUCUUUUCUAUCAGGUUCAAUGGAUCUGGAUUAUAUUGAGGUCUUUGAUCUAUUUAGAGUUGCCUUUUUGCAAGGUAAUGAGAAUGCAUCUAUUUGGAUUCUUCUACAUGCAGAUAUACAGAUUGACCAGUACAUUUGUUGAAGGUGCUAGCUUUUGCAAUGUGUAUUUCUGACUUCUUUAUCAAACAUCUUGUAACUAUGGGAGUGUGGAUUUACAUCUAGGACUUGAAUUUGAUUCUAUUUAAGGCAGAUAAGGCUGAAAGCACUGGGCCAUGCCUUAAGCAAAAAAAGAACUGUGACAUGUGCAGUAGCAUCCUGACCCAGAGGAGCCUGAAACUGGACCCCCAAGAUGACAACUGCCAACAUAAGACCCAGGGCCAAACCAAGAAAUGCCACGGCAGCUGGAAGCAAAGCCCACCAAACAACACACACAUAAAUACUUCAGCUCUUUGUUUAAUAGAGGAGAUUGCUUGCAUAUCUCCCAGAGCCUGUCAUUGGUUCUGCGUCUGCACACCCCUUGCCCCUGGGAUCAGGACAGUGGGACCCCAGCUGCAGAGCCAGCAACACCUAUUGAUCAGUGUGUCUCUCCUAGUACCUAUACCAUCCCAUUUUUAUUACUAUAGCUCUGUGGUACAACUUAAAAUCAGGAAUGGUGAUACUUCUAGUAGUUCUUUUAUUUGUUAGGACUGUUUUUGCUAUGCUCAGUUUUUUUUUUCCAUAUGAAACUAUGAAUUGUCCAUUCAAGAUCUGUGAAGGCAUGCUUUGGAAUUUUGAGACAGAUUGCAUUGAAUCUGUAGACUGCUUUAGGUAGGAUACUACAUUAUUCCCACAGAUCCAUGAACAUGAGUGAUCUUUCAGUCUUCUGAUAUCUUCUUCAAUCAGUUGAAGGUUUUAAUCAUACAAGUUUUUCACUUGCUUGUUUAGAUAUAACCCAGAUAUUUUAUAUUAUUUCAGGCUAUUGUCAUGGGUAAUGUUCCACUGAUUUCUCUCUCACUCCAUUUGUUAUUUAUAUAUAAAAUGGCUAUUAAUUUUCUUGGUUAAUUUUGUAUCAGAGACUUUGCUGAAAGUGUUUAUUACAUGUAGAUGUUUUCUAGUGGAAUUUUUAGGAUCCCUUAUGUAUACUACAAUACUAUAUGCAAAUAAACAUACUGUGCCUUCUUCCAUUCCAAUUUGUAUCCCCUAGAUCCAGCUAAGACUUCAAGUGCUAUAUUGAAUAGGUAUGGAGGAAGUGGACAACCUUGUAUUGUUCUUGAUUUUAGUGGAACUGCUUUGAGUUUCUCUCCAUUUAAGUUAAUGUUGGCUAUGGGUUUGAUUUAAAUUGUCUUUAUUAUGUUGAUAUAUGUCCCUAAUAUCCAUAAAUUUUUUAGGACCUAUGUCCUAUGUCAUGCAGGGAGAUUUGAUGCUUGUCAAAAGCCUUUUCUACAUCUAAGAAAUGAUCGUGUUGUCUUUUUAUUUCAGUUUGUUUCAAUGGCAGAUUACAUUUAUUGAUUUAUAUAUGCUGAACUGUCGCUGUACCCCCAGAAUGCAGCCUGCUAGAACAUGAUGAAUGAUUGUUUGAUGUGUUCUUAGAUUCUGUUUACAAGUAUUAGAUUGAGAAUUUUUGCAUCUAUGCUCACAAGGGAAAUUGGACUGUAAUUCUCUGUCUUUGUUGGGUCUCUCCAUGGUCCUUGUAUCAGGAUAACGGUGGACUUAUGAAAUGAAUUGGCAAUGUCCCUUCUGUUUCUGUUUUGUGGUGUAAUUUGAGGAGUACUGGGAUUAACUCUUCUUUGAAAACCCAGUAGAAUACUAUGCUGUAAAACCAUCUUGUUCUGAACUUGGAGGCUGGAUUUAAACAAUGAGUAGAGGUAGGAAAGUUAGGAGGGGAAGACUCUGUGUUCCACUUGAGGUGGGGUGCUGAGGAGGAAGGUAGAUUUCAUGCAGACAGACUAUAAAUAUGUAGAGUGCACUGGUUUUAAUGCAUUACUGGCAGCCCCAAAGUACUCACAAUGUGACUCUGUCACAUUGUGGAAAAACAUCAAGAAGCUCUUUCCCUUGGGAUUUAACCAAGAACAAGCCCAGUUAUAAAUUAUUUACUUCUCCCUCCUGUUGCCUUCCAUCAUUCUCUGUUUUAUCAGCCUGAAUCAGUGCCUAACUGAAUGAUGACUUGUGGAUCUAUCUGCCUUGACACUUUCUGUCUCUGUGUGUGCCUCACUUUGGCUCUGUAUUUAUUGAACAGAAUGGAAGCUUCACGUGGAGUAAGUAAUGAGGGAUACUUUACAGAAAUGUUUAAAAGAAUUUUUACAAGGGAUUAAGACACUGAUACAAACUGCUCUCAACCAACUCAGAUAAGAAACAGUGCUAUAACAUCACUGGACAUAGAUAUAUCAACCUAUAUUUGUAUCACUUCCCACAUUUAUUGUGUACAUUUAUUUCAUGAGGUUGAGUUCAAACUAGCUGUUUUAAUCAUUUAUUACUACAACAUACAUACGCACCAGCAUUACUCUUGUGUCAGGGCAUAGAAGAUUAUACAUUUUAGGAGUAAAGCUAUGCAUUAGCUUAGGUUGUAAAAACCGAUUACAUGGGAAAUUCAAAGCAAUUAAGGUUGGUUGUUGCGUUAUUCUCUUAAAUGCAAGUUAAUCACACAGGAUAAGCAUAUAGUUUAACAGCAGUAUUAAGUCUUAAAUGACCUCAAUGUACAUUAACUCUGCCUGUGAGGUCCAGGAAAACUUCCAGCCUCUUCAAAUGUAAGAGACAUUUUCAUAAUGAUGCAUCCUCAAAGUACAGUGUACUAGUAACUUCACACUUUGCCUUUGUUCCCUGCUCCCAAGAUUAUAAUCACUGCCUGUUUCUGCUACUGGGACUCUUAGCAUUUGACACCGCAAGAGAGAAAAUAGACUUUAUACUUCUACCCUGCACUUCUGUGGUGCUCAUUAUUCAGUUAAAAGUUUCUCUUGCUUAUUUUUUUUCAAAGGUGAUGUAAAGUCCCUCAGUAGAACUGUCAUGGUUCCUUACUGUGACAUCAUCCUGUCAUCCUCUUGGGUAUGAGCGCUGCAAAUAUUCAGCCUUUAUCUUGGGGGUUGCUGUCAACUUUGUAGUUAUAUGAGGAUUGUAGGUCCCAUUGGCGAUUGAGUCGCCAUCCAGCAGCCAGCUUCACAGAUGCAUCCUAUCAGCACAGGUGAGUUGAUUUUCUUCAGGCACCCAGUCUUCAAAGGACAGGGCAGUCUCUGGAAGGUGAGUGAGUUCAGACUUCCAAAAUGAUCUUUCUCUUUCAGGAAAAGGCUCCUAUAAAGGUUGAAUUUUCAUAGUAGGAAGAAUCAGCCAGAGAUCUGAACUGAACCCAACAUGAUUUGAUGGAGGCUGCAGGUGAGAGACUAUCCUGGAUUCCCAUUUGUUGCUCUUUUCCAAGACAGUGGCCUCGUGUCUGCUCCCAGUAAGGAGGGUUCCUGGUGACUAAAACAGUUUAGUACUUUUUCUCAGAUUUAUCUGUUCUACUUUUAAUUUUGUAAUCUUAGGCUAGUGCAGUGGGUUGGUAAAACUCGGCCAGAAUUUAGAGAGUCACAAGAGCAAUUUGAGAGUUGUUUGAUAUCCUCUGCAUAUUUACACCUCAGAUUCUGCUUUCCACUGAGCUUUGUAUGCAUGCAGAUAUUUUUCUUUAUUGGAAAUGCCUGUGUACAGUGGCAUAGUGAGAAUUUAAUAUCCUUCUUAGAGGGCUUUGUUAUCUGGAAUGUGAAAAAAUGAGCAAGUCAUAAAUUAAUGUCUCAAUAUCCAAAUUUCAAGUCCAUGGGCAUUUGACUAAGUGAAUAAUUGCAACCUCAUGUCACUCAGGUCCGACGCCUCUGAUAUGUCCACUUCCCCCCCGAAAUGGAUGUUCAUGUCCUCCUGAAUUUACUUUCUGUUUGUUUGAUUUUUGAGACAGAGUCUAUUUAUGUAGUCGUUGAUGUCCUGAAACUUGUUCUAUAGAGCAGGUUAGCCUCAAACUCAUAGAGAUCCUCUGGCCUCAGCUUACUAGGGACUGGGAUUAAAGACAUGUGUCGCUAUUCUCAGUCCAGAUAUUGCUUUUGAAUCAAAUAGAUAUGUGAAUUAUUACUGUGCUAUGUGUUAGGUAUUCAUUGCAUCACCAGCUGACAGUACAUUAGGAUCUGUCAAUUUCUGUAACACUUACAAUUAUAUUAGUUAAAUUUAAUGCCCCACAAUUCAGAAGGCCUGCUCCUAUUGUUCAACAGUUCCAUACAGUCUUGAUUGUGCUUUAAUUUCAAUGCAAAAAAGGUGAAGAAUCUCAUUAGUGAUCCUCCUAUUGAAUAAACCACUUCAUUGCAUUCUGUUGUAAAUAUAUUGAUAAGUUUUUUUAUGUUUAAACUUUUUAAACAUUGCAUGUUUAAGUGCAAUACAGUUAUAUUCUAAAUAAUAUAUUUCAAAUUAAAAGGUUAAAAAGUAAUGUUGAAAACACUUAAAAGCAAGCCAACUUAAGCACAUAUAUGUACAUGCACACAAAUGUAAAUGCAAUUACGUGUGUGUUUGAAAAAGGAGAACUCAAGUGUUAUCAUUCCUGACAGCUGAUGGUCACUAUUUUCUUUUAAUUUUAUUACUCUCUAUUUUUUAUUCUCAAAUUGUAUUGUUUUUAUUAUUCUCUAUUAUUCAUUCUUAUUUUUUAUCUGGGAGAAAUUUAUAUGCAUUUUGAUCAUUUUCACACUUCCCUCAGUCCUCACAGUUACACCAUGUUUCUUUACCCACCCAUCUUUUUGCUUUUUAAAUUUCUUAACACAUAAAGCAUAGCUUGUGGUGCCCAUGUGGUAGUGGGUGUGUGAUCAUCUACUAUGUCAUUGUCAACCUACUAGGGGCCACAUUUUUAAAGGAAGCUGACUCCACCUUUCCUAGUAGCUAUCAGUUGUCAAUAGCAUCUUAGUUAGGGGUUACUAUUUUCUCUGGAGUCAGACAGUCUCCUUUCUUCAGCCUUUUACUAGUUGCUGGGAGCAUGGUAACCUGGAAUGUUUCUGAAACCAGGACAUUCAUCUGAAUGUAGUUUGAUCAUUAGAUCAUCUCACCAGUGCACUGUGGAUAUUAAACCAGCAAUUAACUGUAAAGUUCGUGGAAAAUGCUAAGACCUAUUAAUGGCAUAAUAAAAUUUAAUUUUUACUACAAUGUCCCAAUCAAUUAUCUGCAAUUCAAACAAUAGCAAUUCACUGAGACCUAGCAAACUACUUACUAGAAAGACACAUUUUAACAUUAGUUAUGAAUGUAAGGUAAUAUUGUGUAUGCAGUACAUUGUUUGGCAUGGUAAGAAAAAUGAAGACAUUUAACAGGUGUGCUCUGGACAUGUUUUGCACUGACCCAGGACCAUGACAGAAUGAACUCCAGAGACAUGGUUGUAGGGAUCAUCUUCCUGUCUCAGACUGCACUGGGAAUGCUGGGGAACUCAGCCUUGCUUUGUUGUUUUAUCAUUGCCGUCUUCUCUGGAAUCAGGGAGAAGCCCACAGACCUGAUUGUCAAACACCUAACCUGGGCCAACGUCAUUGUUCUCUGCAGAGGAAUCCCACAGACCAUUGCUGCUUUUAGUCAGACUUACUAUCUAAAUUAUGUUCCCUGUAAACUUGCCUUAUAUUUUCACAGAGUUGCCAGAGGAGUAUCCCUUAGCUCCACAUCCCUGCUGAGUGUCUUUCAGGCCAUCACCAUCAGCCCUAGUAAUUCCAGGUGUGCACAGUUCAAGCUCAGAGCCCCUGGGAUUAUUGGUCCAUUCCUGGGCCUGUGCUGGGCCCUCCAGCUGUUGUUAUAUAUUUUCAUUCCUGUAUAUACAACUGACAUAAGGGGUGGAAGAAAUAUUACUGGGAUACAAGAUUUUGGAUAUUGUGUUAUUAUAAAUUCUGAGAGACUAACCAGCACUCUUAUUGUAAUCCUAAUAGCAUCCAACGAUAUCAUCUUUUUGGGACUGAUGAUGUGGUCCAGUGACUACAUGGUGUUUAUCCUGCUCAAACACAAGCAGAGGGUCCAACACAUCCACAGAUCCCUGUCUCCUAGGUUAUCCCCUGAGACCAGAGCCACCCAAAGCAUUCUCACCCUAGUAAGCAGCUUUGUGCUCUUCUAUGUAACAUCUAUUGUCUUUACAGUUUAUCUGUCUGCCCUUGAAGGAACCACUAGGUGGCUGUCUAACAUUGGUGUAGCCAUGUCUGCAUGCUUUCCCACAUUCUGCCCCUUUCUGCUCAUCAGACACUAUGCUUCCUUCUUCAGGCUCUGUUGCACUAGUUUUUACCAGACAACACGCCGUGCUUGUGUAGUCAGAGAACUCUAAAAACUGUGCUGUCUGCAUCCCUCUAUCCAUGUCUUCUACUCAGUUUCUAUUCUGUGAACACACUGUCAAUACCAGCCUUUGCAGAAGACACUGAUUGUCUACAAAGUUUCUUCCCAAUGCAGGUUGUCACAUAGUCUGGGACACAGGUAAACCAAGCUGUAUGAUGGGAGUGUUGAGACAAUCACCACUCACUGUUUUAAUGGAGAAUAUCACAUUAACAGAGAGAAUUAAACUGUGGGGUUUAUGUGGAGUAUAGUCCUUCGGGUGAGCUUCUCUGAGGAUGAGACUUUUUAAAUCAACAUUGUAACAGUA